UUGCCAGUAAUGCACUUGUGCAAAAGUAUCGCCUAUAGAUUGUGUUCAGACCAAAUCUGGUCAACAAUACGCAGUUCUGACACGUUUCACAAAAUGUAUAGCAGCACUUCUCCAUUACACUCAGGCAUCGUGUCACUAAACAGCAACUUUAGCACAAUUUUAAACACUCAGUCCGUCAGAGGAUCAGAGGAAGUGAACGAACACAGGAAGAGCUGAUCGUAUUUAAAGAAAGAGUCGAGAGCAUAUAAUGAAGAGGAAGACUGACAGAAAGAGAAGAUGGCUGAUGAGUGUGAUCUGUGUCUGCUGGGACUCAUCUUUCUCUCUUCACUUCUCUCAGGUUCCAGUGAAGUGAAUGAUGCUCAUGUGUUCAUCAGUUCUGGUCAAAAUGUCCGUCUGUCCUGUAAUAAUGCUCUUCAUGACUGCAAAUCAACUACAUGGAACUAUAACAGAUUCAGUCAUUCAGCAGCAGUUGAACUGAUUAAUUCAGGGAUAAAGAAGAAAGACACAGAGAGACAUGAGAGACUGAGUCUGGGGUCUGACUGCUCUCUGAACAUCAACAACAUCACAGAAGAAGAUUAUGGGUUUUACAUCUGCAGACAAUAUGUGAAUAAACAACAAGGAACUGAUGCUCGUGUGUUUCUGCAUGUUCUUCAUCUCUCUUCAUCUUCAUCAUCCUCACAGACUGAGAUCAGUGCAGGCCGCUCUGUGACUCUCUUCUGUCAGCUGUAUUUUCUUGCUGGAGACUCUUGUGAUGAUUGGAUCCGUUCUGAGGGAAUUGAGCUGUUCUGGGUGAAUCAGGCUGGUGUUAAACUGAGGAUAUCAGACUCCAGAUAUCAGAUAUCAGCAUCAGAUCACUGUAACAUCACUCUGACUACAACACUCCUGAAUGAAGAUCACAACAGAGAGUGGAGAUGCAGUGUUACUCACAGAGAUCGAGUCCAGAGCUCAGUCACAUAUACUGUCAAGAGUUCAGCUCAAGAUAAAACAACGACAGCAGUGAUUCCAGUCCACAACACAAACUCUCAGAAUCCCUCAACUACGAACACACACAAAACUAAAGCUCCAGAUUCAACAACACUGAUUCCAGUCAGCAGCUCGAACUCUGAGACGACUUCAAGAAGAACCACAGCAGCAGCUCCUACACAAGUGAUUGUGAUUGUUGUCGGCGCUUCAUUCGCUCUUUUCAUUCUUGCUCUGAUUAUUUGGCUGAUUCAUAAAAAAAGAGCCGGUGUCAGAAGAGCGACUCAUGACUCUGUGGAGCAGACAGAUGAUGUGACUUAUACUGAAGUUACUGCGUACAGUAAAAACAGAGACAAAAAGAAGAAGGUUCGCUGUGAUGAUAAAGUGACUUAUGCUUCCAUCAGAGGAUCAAAAGCUGGAGAUCAGCAAAACUGCAGUCAACUUUAUGCCUCUGUGAACAAGAACCAUCACAAAUCAGACAAAUAAUUACACAGACACCACACGAGCAGAGGAAGAUGAACCUUAUAUAACAUGUUAAGAAACAAGCUCUGAUUUAUUUGUAGUUUUUGGUUAUUCUGCUCAGUUUGUCAUGUUGUUGUACAGUAGCUGUCUGUGUGUGUUUAUUAUUAAUUCAGGAUCUGCAGAGUAACGUAACAAACGGA